CACCGUAUUUACAUUUGUUUAUUUGUGUUCAUGUUUUCUGAGCUUGAAUGCAUUGAUCUCCUAAAAAACCUGUUGGUGCAUUUAUCACAAUCUCGAGUGUGUUUUACACGUCUAAAAGUUUCAGAGAAGGUUGUUCAGGCAGACGGUAGAAAAUGCCUUUCUACCAAGCUUCCAAUUGGUUGUGGGCAGUAGUGUAGUGAAGACAAGGACGCUCUCUCUCGGUGUUCAUGUGACCGGUCGACUCUGGAAUCCUCAGAACAUUGUCGCAGGACGAAGUGAUACCUUAUGGAUUAAUAUACGUAUUUUCUGAAUAAAAAAUUGAAUAAUGUUGUUCCACAUUGUGAUUUUGGGUAUGAUAUCAUGUGAGACUACGCGCAUCGCAUCAGCAGAGUUACAAAUGGACAUGCCUAAUGUGUGCGCCGACCAGGAGAUGUCCCUGCUGAGCGCCCGCCAGCCAUGUGUCCAAGCCCUCACACGGAUGGCCAAGGUUUGGAAGCAAGGAUGCACGGGCCAUCACUGGUGCCUGGGCCACGAGAGGAGGACCGGGUACUACACAGCCUACAGGCAGGUGUACAGCAUGGAGCUUCACACCGUGUAUCGAUGCUGCCCCGGGUGGAGCCAGAGGGGAGAAGAGAGGGGCUGUCUGCACAGGGUGUGCGGUGCUGACACCUGCUUCAACGGGGGCAGGUGUGCUGAAAGCGGGGAUCAGGUGUGCCUGUGCCCAGAAGGGUUUCAGGGAACACGCUGCCAGUAUGAUGUCAACGAGUGUACAGCUGAAAACGGAGGCUGUGAAGGAUCCUGCUGCAACGUCAUCGGCAGCUUCUACUGCAAGUGUCCGGAGGGCAGUCGACUGGGGCCGGACAGCAGGGCCUGCCAGGACCUGAAUGAGUGCGAGGAGAUGAAUGGAGGUUGCCAGCAGACUUGCGUUAACACCCCUGGGUCAUACCACUGUGAGUGCAGCCAGGGCUUCAGGCUGCACUCUGACAGCAGAACCUGUCUGACUGUGACGUCCUGCUCAGUGGAGAACGGCGGCUGUGAACACAGGUGUGUGGACCUGGGGAGCGAGCGCUUCAGGUGCGAGUGUAGAGACAGCUUCCUGCUGCAGCAGGAUGGGAAACACUGCCAGGGUGAGUGA